AUGAAAUACAUCAGCCUUAUCCUCUCUCUGACCGGUCUUUCCAUGGCAAAGCUGCCAAAGGUCUUCGGUAACAUCACUGUAUCCAGUCAGCUCGACAUCGACACUCAAGGAGCGACCGACUGCACCGUCAUCAACGGGGAUCUCGAAAUCACGUCCGACUUCCCCGGCUACCUCGAUCUCAAUGUUAUCGCCGUCACCGGGAACGUGAUCGGAAGAAACCUGAACUCCGUCUCGGCGUUCUCGAUUCCUGCGAUGACGGCCGUCGGCGGGAAUCUGGAAUUGAUGGGUAGUUUUUAUACGUAUUUUCUCCCUUAUUUUCAGAUAAUGCUAAGUCCCUCUUUCCCCUCGCUGCAGAGCGUCAAUGGGGACUUCAAGGUCCUUUCGACCAACCCGAUUUGGUGCCCGAAUUUUGAUGAUCUGGUGGCAGGCGUGCGUGGCACGUUUGAGUGUCGCGAGGCGAAGGAUGUUUCUCCUGCUGAGGUCGGUAUUAGAGUCGCUCUGGUAUUGAUGGAGUUGACUAGCUGGUUGCUGUCGUGUUGCAUUAUUGUAGCAGAGAGGUAA